CUUUGAUCCCCGCAGCGUCAACAUUACUCCACCAACCUUGCCCGCCGCCAUUUGGUGCAGCAUGGACAAAUAUAUCGACGGCCGCUUCGAGCGGCUGGAAAAGGCCCUGUCGAACCUGAUCGAUUCCGUCGCCAAAUAUCACCCGUCCGUCAGCCAGGCCGAGGAGCUCAAGGCUGCCGACACGGAACUCGGCAAGGGCUUGGAGCAAGUGCAAACGCAUCAGAGGAACCACCUGCGCAUCCUACGGCUGCGACAGACCUCGGCCGCUCUGGACACGCAGAUCAAGGAUACUCUCACGAGCCUCGCCGAAGCGCGUCGUGGCAUUGUCACGACGCGCACCACCACGUUCCCUCGCGAGCCGAACUAUCCCAUCGCCUACGAGGAGCUCCUCAGCUACGCUCGCCGCAUCAGCAAGACGACCCUUCCGCCCGCCGCGACCAUCAACGCAGCCACCGCCCUUGCCACGGUACCUGCCUCCCCCGAGGGCCAGACGCCCGCCGCCAAUGACUCGCAGACGCCCGCCGCCGUGACGCCUUCUGCGCGUACUCCCUCGCGAACGCAAAGCCCUGCGCCGAACGGCGCCCUUUCGCAGGCGCCCCUUUCGGAGCCCCCCACCCAACAAACCACCGCUCUGUCCAUGAACACCAGUCUACCAGAGGGCAUGAGCCAGUACCUCAACCCCCUGUCGGGUCAGCUGUUCUUUCCGUGGCCGCUCGAGGACAAGAUUCGGUCUGGUGCCCUUGCCUCGUACCAGAUCCUCGCCGAACAAGGCAUCGACCCGAAAGGAUACGAUCCCGUCACAGAGGAGGAGCGCAAGCGCAAGGACGAGGAAGAGCGCAGGGUCAAGGAAGAGCAAGAGCAAAAGGAGCGCGAGGAGCGUGAGAAGCAGAUGCGCGAAGAGAGAGAGCGCAUCAGAGUGGAGCGAGAACGUCAGCGGGAAAAGGAGCAGGAGGAAUGGCGGCGAGCGAGCAUUGCAGGCAACGCACCCGACUCGGCGGGGCUGCCGCGGACCAACACGGGCGCCGGCGAGAAGAAACAGUUCCAGUUCACGAACCUGGAUGACCUGGACGAUGACGAUGACGACGAUGACUAGUGCCCACGCUGUGUCGUGCGCUGAAUGCGAAUUUAGUUUCUGGAGUCUUUCACGCUGGCGAGGAACAAGCGGUCGCAGCACAAUUUUAAUGAAACGAAUAUUCAUGGCGUGAGCUGCAUUCCCCCACCUCUUUGCUACUUGAUGAGGCAUCUUACCCUGAACGCUGCGCAACUUGCCUUUCCAUCCUCGAUCCAAGAGACCUCUGCGGUCUCGAACUAGGUAGCAGUCCUGUGGUCCGCGCCUCCCUGGCGUAUGCGCCAUGAACCGUGUCGCAAUGUGACUGCGUGGUUCGACUCUAUACAAGGCGUCAACAAGUCGCGAUAACCUUAGGUAUUGUCACUGAGUUGGCUUUAUUACCGAUGCAACGUUUACAAUCAUGUGUCUAUCAACUUCGCUUUUUAACCUCACACACAUCCUGCGCCGCGUGCGGCACAAUGGCUACCCCUCUUUGAGACCACAACACCCGCGCGGCAUCCGGGACGGGGCAGUUCAGCUGGUCAAGCAAACAAUAUUUGUACAAGUGCAGAGCGGCACCGUCCUGCGAUAGUGCCACACAGCUUGGAAAGGUCGCCAUGGCUCCCCAUAAGUCUUAGUCGAU